AUGCCCGCAAUCAUUGAGCCUCAUGACGAGUUCAUGGGCGCUGUUCAGCAGGUAUCGAACUUGGCUUUCCAAAAACCCGACAGCGAGCUAAUGGAGUAUAGANUAAUCCUGUCAUCUUCCGAGACAGACUACAUCGACCAGUUAAUCCCGGUGAUGCGUGAUGUCGGAAAUUCGGAACGUGCAGGUCAUCUCAUCCAGGCGCUGACACAAGUCUCGAACGACCGACAAGCCGAGAUCGAGCGCAUUUGCAAUACCAAUCAUCAGGAAUUCAUCAGCUCCGUCAACCAGCUUCAACGCGUCCGGGAAGGUACCGUCACCUUGACUGCUGAGAUUAUGAGUCUCAGUCAGUCUAUCGAGGCUAGUACAGAGAAACUCGCGGAGCAAAAGAGAGCAUUGGUUGAUUCCAGGGGCGUCAGGCAGAACAUAGAUGAUGCUACUCAAGCCCUGAAAGAUUGCCUUGAGGUUUUGCGGCUGGCAAAUCAGGUACAUGACCUGCUUCAGGAGAAGAACCGCUACGCAGCACUCCGAGCUUUGGACGAGCUGCAGAAUGUUCACCUCAGAGAAGUCACCCGCUACAUGAUUGCAGGCAUGAUUGAGCGCUCGGUACCCGCAACUCAGCGUCUGAUAGCUGAAGCUGUCAUGGCAGAUUUGAACACAUGGCUUUUCCGUAUUCGAGAGACAUCGCAGUUCUUGGGCGAGGUUGCAUUCUAUCACACAGAAAUGCGGCGAACCAGGCACAAGAUGAGGUUUGAGGAAAAUCCAGAUCUCGGCAACUUUAAGCUCAACUCAGCAGUGGAGGCUGUUGCUGAUGAGAGCGAGGAGUUUGAUGUACUGAACAACGAAGAGGUGCAGGUCGACUUCUCUCCUUUGUUCGAGGCUAUUCAUAUACAUGACGCUCUGGGCCAGAGCGAGAAAUUUCGCCAGGACUAUUCAGCGACCCGACGAAGGCAGAAGGAGCUGCUCUUGCCCGCAACCUUGGAUCUCCUGGAUGAAGACGCAGGCGAGUUGAGCACUUUGCUGGAGAGCAUUGCUGGGUUCGCCAUUGUUGAGAAAGCCACCAUGAUGAAGACGGAUAAUUUGAGAACCUCAACCGAUGUUGAAGAGCUAUGGGACUCGAUGUGCCAGAGUGCUAUCACACUGGUUAGCAAGUCUCUACCAACCAUCGACAACGACGAAAAACUGUUGAAAAUUAAGGGCGUCAUCGCGCUUUUCGUCCAAACCAUGGGAGUGAGUUUCGUCCAAAGUCCACCAUUCGACUGGGNNAGCUGGGGCUAUUCUGUCGAUAGUCUCGACAAACUGCUCCUCAAGAUUUUCGACAAGUACGCUCAGCUGCUCAAGCAGAGAUUCAGCGAGGAUUUCCAGGAGGUGAGUGAUGCAGGCUUCGCGAGCCCGGUAGAGUGGUUCGUGUUGCGUACGCAGACUUGCUUACUUUCACACGCAGNNAUCGUUUCGACAGACGACUAUAUGCCCAUGCCUAUCAACAACCCCGACGAGUACGACAAGGUCAUCAACGUCAGUUGGUACACGCCAGAAAAGGAUCGCGAACAGCAAAAGUAUGUGUUUACGUACAAGACAGGCAAAGAUAUGAUGCUGAUUCGAGUAGCUUNNCCCUGUGUUCUUCCUUUCUCACAAAUGUACCCGCUUUGUUGCAUCGAUAUCCGGAACUUUCUCAACCAGAUCUAUUUGUUCUCGGACGAUCACUUCCAGAACACCGCAGUCAUCGACGACACACUCAAAAGCGUGAGCCACCACACGCCCCCACGCCUGAAGUCUCUGGUCGAGAGACUGUCUUCACAAUAUCCCGGACAAAUUGUGCAAAUCCUGACCAACCUCGAUCAUUUCGAGACAGCAUGUCGAGAGCUGCAAGAUUUGCUCGCAGAAGCCCGCUCAUCAAGCAGCGCAGCUGGCCCGAUCGUGCUCGCUGCAACAGAAGAAUUUACGACAGCCAAGAAGGCAGCCGAGAAGCGCAUCUUCGAGCUCGUCAACAGCAAGAUUGACGACUUGAUCGAGACGGCAGAGUAUGAUUGGAGUUCUACUUACGAGCCACCGGCUGCUUCACCUUACAUGCAGGAGCUGACACGCUAUCUCUCCGAUGUCAUGUCUAGUGUAUUGCUUGGACUGCCUGUGCAGAUCAAAGAGCUCAUCUACUUUGACGCCCUCGGACAUAUAAGUAAUGCCAUCCUCGCAUUGCCGCUAGAUCCCUCCAUCCGCCGACUUUCACCUCAGAGUGUCACGGCUUUUCAGCUCGACACGCAGCACUUGAUUGAGUUUGUUCGCAGCCUCGAUAAUCCCGUGCUUAUGGAGGGUCUUGACGAGCUGCACCAGACGGUCGACCUCAUGGCUGUAGCCAAAGAAGGUGAAGGACGUGCAGAAGAAGAGUUCUUCGACGUCGAGAAGGGACGCAAGAGAUUUGGCAAGGUAGACAAGAUGAAUGGAGCCGAGUUGCUGGAGAAGGUCAGCCAAGGAGUCGAGGCGCAGAAGGCAGCUGCAGUUGCCCAGGCUGCCAGUCCGGUAGAAAAGAAGUCGACCAUGAAUUUCCCGGCCUUUGCGAGCAGGUUCAAGAAGGAUACCUCAUAG